AUGACUGUGUUCGUAAAUCAGACUAUAAAUCUGUGGAAAGGAAGACAAGAAGAGAAUGAGUUUGAAAAGCAGACUGAGAUCAGUUGGUUCAUUAUGCAUUCCUGGUUCAACAAGAAGCGUCAAAAAGUCAUUCGACUUCACUUGAGCCGUUGUAUAGCUAACUUUUUCAAACCUGAAGUGCUUCUCAAUUACGAAGAAUAUAAGGACUUUACCUGA